CCCCUCCCCUCCCCUCCUCUCCCUCGCGUGGGUCGGAGCCAGAGCUGGAGCCGGAGCCGGCUGGACUCGCGAUGAUCGCCAGGCGCGGGAGGCAGCGCUGAGGAGCGGCUGAAGGGCUGACCGUCCCUCCGCCGCUCUCUCUGUCUCUCCUCCCAUCUUCCUCCUCUUCUCCCCACGGCCAGGCUGGAGCCCUUUCCUCGGGCGGCAGGAAGAGAAGCAGCAGGAGGCGGGCAUGGAGGACAGCAAGCCCAGCUCCUCGCCCGGCAGCCGGGAGGACGGCAGCCCCGGCGCCAACGCCUGCUUCCAGGGCAAGGCGGAGAAGGGGCCGCUGGGCAGCCCGGGCGCUUCGGGCAGCCUCAAGGAGCAUGGCAACUCGGUCUGCUUCAAAGUGGACGGGAGCGGCGCCGGCGGAGAGGAGCCCGGGCCGGGAUGCUUGGACGACCCCGACGCCGCCCGCCGCCAGCAGCAGCAGCAGCAGCAACAGUACGGCUUCAUGCAGCGGCAGUUCACCUCCAUGCUCCAGCCCGGGGUCAACAAAUUCUCCCUCCGCAUGUUCGGGAGCCAGAAGGCGGUGGAGAAGGAGCAGGAACGGGUUAAAACUGCAGGAUUCUGGAUCAUCCACCCCUACAGCGACUUCAGGUUUUACUGGGACUUAAUAAUGCUUAUAAUGAUGGUUGGAAACCUUGUCAUUAUCCCUGUUGGGAUCACAUUCUUCACGGAGCAGACAACCACACCAUGGAUUAUUUUCAAUGUGGCUUCAGAUACUGUAUUUCUGUUAGACUUGAUCAUGAACUUUAGAACUGGAACUGUCAAUGAGGACAGCUCAGAGAUAAUACUGGACCCCAAAGUGAUCAAAAUGAAUUAUUUAAAGAGCUGGUUCGUGGUGGACUUCAUUUCAUCAAUACCAGUGGAUUACAUAUUUCUCAUUGUAGAAAAAGGAAUGGAUUCAGAAGUCUACAAGACAGCUAGAGCACUUCGCAUUGUGAGAUUCACAAAAAUCCUCAGUCUGUUGCGUUUGUUACGACUUUCAAGACUGAUAAGAUAUAUUCACCAGUGGGAAGAGAUUUUCCACAUGACAUAUGACUUAGCAAGUGCCGUGGUAAGAAUCUUCAACUUGAUUGGAAUGAUGCUGCUUCUUUGCCACUGGGAUGGUUGCCUUCAAUUCUUAGUACCAUUGCUGCAGGAUUUUCCACAAGAUUGCUGGGUGUCCCUAAAUGGUAUGGUUAAUGACUCUUGGGGAAAACAAUACUCCUAUGCACUCUUCAAAGCCAUGAGCCAUAUGCUUUGCAUUGGUUACGGAGCCAGAGCCCCAGUCAGCAUGUCCGACCUCUGGAUAACUAUGCUGAGUAUGAUUGUGGGGGCUACCUGUUAUGCCAUGUUUGUUGGCCAUGCCACCGCCCUAAUCCAGUCUUUGGAUUCAUCACGGCGUCAAUAUCAAGAGAAGUACAAACAAGUGGAACAGUACAUGUCGUUCCAUAAGCUACCUGCUGAUAUGCGUCAGAAGAUCCAUGAUUAUUAUGAGCAUCGUUACCAAGGCAAGAUCUUCGAUGAGGACAGCAUUUUGAAUGAGCUUAAUGACCCUCUUAGGGAGGAGAUUGUCAACUUUAAUUGCCGGAAGCUUGUUGCCACCAUGCCACUUUUUGCAAAUGCUGACCCGAAUUUUGUAACUGCCAUGCUCAGCAAACUGAAAUUUGAGGUGUUCCAGCCUGGAGAUUAUAUUAUCCGGGAAGGAGCUGUGGGGAAAAAGAUGUACUUCAUUCAGCACGGUGUUGCUGGUGUUAUCACUAAAUCCAGUAAGGAGAUGAAGUUAACAGAUGGCUCCUAUUUUGGAGAGAUCUGCCUUUUGACCAAGGGCCGACGCACUGCCAGUGUGAAAGCAGACACAUACUGCCGGCUAUAUUCUCUCUCUGUGGACAACUUCAAUGAGGUCCUGGAGGAGUACCCCAUGAUGAGAAGAGCCUUUGAAACUGUGGCCAUUGACAGGCUGGACAGGAUAGGAAAGAAGAAUUCUAUUCUGCUCCAAAAAUUCCAAAAAGAUCUCAACACUGGAGUUUUCAACAACCAGGAGAGUGAAAUUUUGAAGCAGAUUGUGAAACACGACCGCGAGAUGGUGCAGACUGUAGGGCCAGUCCUUUUGCAACAAAUGCCCGCUCUGAAUUCAGCAACCGCCUCAGCAAUCAGGACACAGUCUCCACCUGUAUAUUCAAUGACAAGCCUCUCCCACGGGAGCCUGAAUUCUCCAACACCGAGCACCCAGACACCUCAGCAAGCUGCCAUUUUCUCACCUUGCUCCUACUCGUCUGCAAUCUGCAGCCCCCCAGUACAAAGCCCUCUAGCCACUGGGCGAACUUUUCAGUAUGCGACCCCUACAGCAUCACAGUUGUCACUGCUGCAGCAGCAACAGUCACAGCAACUGCAGCAACAACAGCCCCAACAACCUCUGCAGCAAAUGCCUAGCACAUCACAGAAAAGUGAUGUCCACAAGAGCACACAAGCUCUUCACAAUGCUAGUUUGACAAGGGAGGUGAGACCCCUUUCGGCCUCACAGCCUUCUUUGCCCCACGAGAUUUCAAUGAUGAUUGCAAGACCUCAUCCAACUGUGGGAGAAUCUUUAGCCUCCAUUCCUCAACCACUGUCCGGUUUCCAAAGCACAGGCCUUCAGCCUGGGAGCAAAGGCACAGUCCCCCAAAGAGUUGCCCUCUUCCGCCAGAUGUCUUCGGGAGCAAUUCCCCCCACGCGAGGAGCUGCACCAUCAGCGACCACAUUGCAAAGGGAUUCUUCCACAGUCUUAAAUACUGAACUAGAGGGAGACAAACCACGGUUUGCUUCAAACUUAUGAUUCAUGCAGACCAUAAAUAAAAUCAGAGAUGUUGACAUAAACAAUGGUCACUCCUGGAAAAAGUGUUUUAACUUAAUGUCCAAUUAGACCCCAUCUGUCUACCAUGAAAAGGAGAACUUUAGACAGACUUAUCCCUUGAAAUCGAAUGUACAAGAUACAGACAGACAGUCAGAAGAAGAAAAAAGAGAAACCCAAAUGGCCUCUCAUGUCUCCCUUGCUUAGAAAUUUUUAAAUGAGUCUAUAAACAUUGGUUGUUAUGUUGUUUAUUUUUAAACCUGAUUAAAAACAUGAAGAGA